CCAGACGGAGAUGAAUACGACAUGGAAGUUGACCUGCUGGAGACAGACUGUCACGUGUUGGACCCGCUGCCUCUUGCCAACUGCACAGUCAGGCCCAAAGUACAGACGGCGGUAGAAGGAGACUGUGAUGUGGUGCUGAAGAAGGUUGGCGGUGUUCUGAAGGUCAUUGCAUUCAAGUGCAAAUCAGAGGUAUCCACAGAGGAUUUGUGUUUGGGCUGCCCCAGCCUCCUUCCCCUCAAUAACACCGAUGCGCUGGAUUUUGUCCAUGCCUCUCUGACAACCUUCAACAACAUGACUGUGAACACGACACACGUUCUUCUCGAGGUUGGAAGGUUGUCAUCACAGGUUGUGUCUGGUGGGCCCAUCUUCAUAACAGAAUAUGUGGUUGUUGAGGGAAACUGCACCGAGGUUCCCUGCGUGCCUCUCAACGAUGCCAUGGCUGCUCGUGGGAUUUGUACAGCCAAAGGUACAAUCGCCCAGCACAGUGUGGACUGCAAGAUGUUCUCCACUCUG